AUGUGGGCAGAUUCAAAUUCAUGUUCGUUGGCGAAUGGGAAAAUCUACGAUAUUGAGGGCAUUGUGUUGGAUUACCUCUUCGAUCCUCCUCAAUCCACAACCAACGAGGCCGAGCUGCGAUUUCAUUAUUUAUUCAGUUACAAUGAUGAACCAAAUUUACUUUUUCUAACUCAGCACGACAUUUUACAGCACAUAAAUUCUCUGCUGCCUCCAACCACUCAUAUAAAUGACACAACCACUUCAUUGACAUGGCACAAUCUUACCACAGUUCAACCCGAUAGUUUAAAGAUUGAUACACAACAGGCCAUGGAGCUUGUAGCGCCAGCUAUGACACCUAUGGGCUACAAAAGUAUUUUAAAACUCGGAUCUAAAAUUAGGAUUCCCAGAGCAGUACUGGGUUAUACAGGAGGGAGGCCUGGAAUUACGUCAAAUUCAGUGCCACUUUUUAUACAAUUAGAAUGA